AUGCACCUCAGGAAGUCUCCAUUAACGCUUCAGGUGUUGUUCGGCGCCAUCCUUGGUAUUGCCAUAACCACUGCGGCAGACUCUAGCAGCGCUCUAGUAUCAACACCAGGCCAAAUAGCACCCGUUCCUGCAUGGUACUUGCAGUCAUCAACAAAAGCAGCAAGUGAUUUGGAAGCUCUCUCCCGUCCAGGCAUUGACACAUCAGGAUGGCUGCACGUCAACACAUCCAAGUGCACCCUGAUGGGCUGCCUGCUAGAAGCCGGCAUCUACAACGACACCGAGCUAUUCUACUCGGACAACCUCCGAAGAGUGGACAGCAAGCAGUUUGAAGUCCCGUGGCUGUACCGACAGGAAUUCGGACUGGAUCCAGGAGCUGGAAAAUACUUCCAUCUUCUCACGCAUGGAAUCACUUCCCGCGCCGACGUGUAUCUGAAUGGAAAACAAGUAGCGGACAAGAAGACACAGGCGGGUAGCUAUGGAGGACAUACGUACGACAUCACUGAUUUGGUUGACAGGGACAAUGCGUUGCUCAUCCAGGCACAUCCCACGAGCUACUACGCCGACUUUGCGUUGGGCUGGGGGGACUGGAAUCCGUGGCCUGCAGACAAUGGCACAGGAGUAUGGCGAGAUGUGGAAAUCAAGCAGACCGGAUCUGUUGCUCUUGGACCCCUACGAGUGGUGACCCAGCUGGGAACGCCCUGGGAUAGCUCACCCGCGAACGUGACUCUCAAAUCCCGUGCCCAGAACUUGGAGAAUGAAGAAGUAACCAUCACCGUUACCGGCACCGUAUUCCCAGAAGGCUACACCGGCGAGACACUAACCUGGUCCCAAACCGCCACUCUCCCGCCUCUGUCUACCACAGACGUAACCCUCACUACCACUGUCCAGAAGCCAGCCAUCUGGUGGCCAAAGCAAUGGGGUUCCCAACCACUUUACAACGCUCAACUCUCCGUCUUCGCUUCCAACAACACCCUCUCCGACCAGGUUUCCGCAGUAUUCGGCUUCCGCACCGUCACCUCCCAGCUUAACUCGUACGACGACACCACCUUCUUCAUCAACGGCCAACCAUUCCAAGUUCUUGGCGCUGGCUACGCCCCCGACAUGUUCCUCCGCUUCUCUUCUACCAAAUUCGAAUCCGAAGCUCAAUACAUUCUCGACCUCGGCUUCAACACCAUCCGCCUCGAAGGCAAGAACGAGCACCCGGAACUCUACCAGAUCGCCGACCGGCUAGGCAUCAUGAUCCUCGCCGGAUGGGAGUGCUGCGACAAAUGGGAGGCAUGGAGCUACAACCAGGACCUGGCAGUCCCAACCCCAGUCUGGAGCGAAGACGAUUACGGUAUCGCCAACGCGAGCAUGUUCCACGAAGCCGGGAUGCUUCAAACUCACCCGAGUAUCCUAGGUUACCUCAUCGGCAGCGACUACUGGCCAGAUUCCAAGGCAGCACCAAUGUACAUGAACACCCUUCGACUUCAAGACUGGCCAACACCUGUACUAUCCUCCGCUUCAAAGAGGGGAGGAUUCCCCUCCUUCAUGGGCUCGCCCGGUUUAAAGAUGGAAGGUCCCUACGACUGGGUCCCUCCCAACUACUGGUACGACACCGAACCAAGCGCUAGCCGUUUUGGAGCAGCAUUCGGUUUCGGCUCAGAACUAGGCGCGGGCGUUGGAACCCCCGACUUAUCCAGCCUGCACAAAUUCCUCUCUCCAUCUGACCUCACCGACCUCUGGAAGAACCCCAACAAAGAUUUGUUCCACAUGUCCUCCACCGAAACAUCCAGCUUCCGCAACCGCAACAUCUACAACUCUGGUCUCUGGAACCGGUGGGGCGCACCCACUUCUCUCGAGGACUAUGUCCAAAAGACCCAAAUCACCGACUACGAAGCCACCCGCGCCCAAUUCGAAGGGUACGCAGCCAACUGGAACUCCCCCAAGCGGCCUGCCACGGGUAUGAUCUACUGGAUGUUAAACGGUGCUUUUCCAAGCUUGCACUGGUCUAUCUGGGACUACUACAUGCAUCCUGCCGGGGCGUAUUUCGGUGCCAAAGUCGGUAGUCGGAUUGAGCAUGUGGCGUUCGACUACGUCAAGAAGAACGUGGUUCUUAUCAAUAGGUCUUUGGACAAAGAAGGCCCAAGAAGUAUCGAUAUCGAAAUAAUAGAUCCAACUGGAAAGACACUAUACACCAAGACAAUAAAAACGACAACCGAGCCGAAUACAAGCAGGGAAAUCACUUCUUUGGCUUCUGCUUUUGAGGAUAUCAAAGAUGUGGUCUUUCUUCGUUUAGUCCUCUCCGACAACUCUCCUAACUCCAAUCCAACCUCCAAAGACACAGAGUUGAGCAGCAACAUCUACUGGCUCUCCAGCAACCUCGACACUGUAGCCUGGGACAACUCCAAUUGGUACUACACGCCUGUAACCAAGUAUAGCGACUACACAGCCCUCAACAAGCUACCUGCUGCGAACGUGAGUGUCAGCGUGACUGCUUGGUCCAAGGGGCAUUCUGAGUACGAGUCUUCUUCGAAGGUGCAGGUGACGUUAGAAAACCAUUCUUCCUUUCCUGCCUUCUUCAUCAUUCUCAACUUGGUAAACAAAGAAGGAAGGGAUGUGGUGCCGGUGAUUUGGGAGGAUAAUUACUUGACGCUGUGGCCAAGGGAGAAAGUUACGGUGCAAGUUAGGACUCUAGAAGGGGCGGGACUGGCACAUGCAGCUGCUGCUGUGGAGGUGGUUGGGAAGAAUGUCAAAGGGAUGACGGUGAUGGUCGGUUAAGGGUGGGAAUUAAAGGUCUUGAACUCCGGAGUAUUCAAGUUCGGUCAUGCCAUUGAAGCGGGGGGAACGCAGUGGCUGACAGACAUCUCGAAAUCCUGGGACCAUGGUGUUAUAACAUUGCUUAAUUUGACAUUAUUCA